ACGAUCCCACUCUCCCCGCUCACCUCAAGGAGUCAAGGUGCAAAGCUAAGCUUAGCUCAUUGCUCAAGCUUCCGUCUCUUUCUCUCUGCGAGACUGCACACUGCCACCACGCGCAAUGGCGGCAUUCCACCAUUUGUUGCCGGCCUUGCUCCUUCUACUCCUGCUCCCUUCCACCCCUGAGGCGACGUCCUCGGCGCUGCUUGGCAUCAGCUACGGUCGCGUUGGCAACAACCUCCCUGCAGCUACAUCAGUGCCGCAGAUUGUGGCUUCCCUGGGCGUCGGCCGCGUCCGACUCUACGAUGCUGACAGCACCACCAUUCGCGCCUUCGCCAACACGGGCGUCGAGCUCGUCGUCGGCGUCCCUGACGAGUGCCUCGCCACUGUCUCCACCCCGACGGGCGCCGCCUCCUGGGUCCGCUCCAACAUUUCCCCUGCGCUCCCGGCCACAAAGAUCGCCUUCCUCACAGUCGGCAACGAGGUGCUCACCGGCGUCAACAGCUCCUCGCUGUCCAGGUACCUCCUUCCGGCGAUGCGGUGCCUCCACGACGCGCUUGCGCAGGCCGGCCUGGACAAGCAGGUCGCCGUGACCACGGCGCACAACCUCGGCGUGCUGGCCACGUCGUACCCGCCGUCGUCGGCGUACUUCCGCAAGGACCUCCUCCCGAUGCUCUGCCCCAUUCUCGACUUCCACGCGCGCGCGGGCUCGCCGUUCCUUGUUAAUGCGUACCCCUACUUCGCCUACGCCGAGGAACCCACCGGCGUGGAGCUCGAGUACGCGCUGCUGGAACCCGGCCAUGCCGGUGUCGCCGACCCGGGGACCGGGCUGCACUACACCAACAUGCUCGCAGCGCAGGUGGAUGCGGUGUACCACGCCAUCGCCGCAGCCAACAGCGCGGCGGCGCGGGCCGUGGAGGUGCGCGUGUCUGAGACCGGGUGGCCGUCGGCGGGGGACGCCAACGAGACCGGCGCCACGCCGCAGAACGCGGCGAGGUACAACGGCAACGUGAUGCGGCUCGUGGCCCAGGGGAAGGGCACGCCGCUGCGGCCGGCGGCGCCGCUGCGCGUCUACAUGUUCGCGCUCUUCAACGAGAACAUGAAGCCCGGGCCAACGUCGGAGCGCAACUACGGGCUCUUCAAGCCCGACGGAACGCCGGCGUACGAGCUUUCCUACCGCCUCCCGCUGGACAACACCACCUCCUCCUCUUCCGCCGGUGGCAGCAUUACCGGCGGUGGUGGGUACAAUGGCCACGGCUACGGGUCGUCGGACAACGGCGGAUACUACAGCAUCUCGGCCGCCGCCAAGGUGACACCGGGUUGGUGGACAUGGCCACAGGUAGCUGUGGCACCAUGUGUGGCUGUACUGGCCAUGGCAUUGUGACCAUUAGCAGAGAUCAAGUGGUACCUGCCUGGACUUGGUGGAUGGAAGCCUCUGGCUUCUGAUGGAGUCAGAAGCAGCGUAUGGUGUGGGUCAGUGAACUGCUGUUCUAGAGAAACGCAUUGCUCGUGGUGAUCCACUUCCUCUCUCUCUAUGUUGUUUCCCUUUUCUCCACGUUGUUGUAACUGAGGUGUCCUUGUAAUCAGUGGUGAACAAAUGGACUAGACAAUUGUCAU